GAAAACUGUCAAAAUCACGUGCGCGGCGCGCGAGAUGCGAAAAGCGUCCAAAACGAGACCUGAAAUCAAGUGCUUUUUAUUUUGAUUCUUUUCGUUUCAUAUGAAACCUUUUUGUCUUGUUGUGAAAUGAUUACAAAUUUAAUGUGUGACAGUGUUUGUUAAAAAUUUAUGUUCCUCUCCUGUAAGUCUCCGGAAGUAACAGCGAUGGACUCGGAUGAAGAUGACGACAGUUUCGAUCAAGAUUGGGACAAUCUUCAAACCAUAACCAAAUUUGACGGAGUGCGAUCCCAGGACGAACUCACGUCGGUGACCCGUGCCUCAACCAGACUAAUGGACAACGGUCUCCAGAGUCGUAUUGCUGCCAAAGCGAGCACGCCGGUAUCGCUGCUGGUGGAGAGUUUGGUGCAGCAACUGUGCGCCCUCCUGGAGGCGGACCCGCAGCGGUCGAAGGAUCUGUACGAAAAGAUCUGCGAGCGACUGCACGGGGUCAAUCUGAUAGAUGAAACGUACUCGAUGGGAGAAUUCGAAAUGAUGCGUAGUGAGUAUCAGAAGGCUUUGUACCAGUUGGUCAGUAUUGCAAGGGGACAGAAUCUACCGGCGGUGGCACUGGAGAACAUCUGGCCAUUGCAGCCAUCGCUUGGACUGGAGUGGUCUCGCUAUCACAGGGAGUUUACUGAAUUGGAUUUCAUUGCCGGAGGAGGGUUCGGCAAGGUUUACAAGGCCCGAAAUAAUUUGGACGGAAUUGUGUACGCCGUGAAGAAGAUUACAAUCCGAUCGACUACGAUCCAAAACGUGUUGGUGCAUCUGGCCGAGGUGAAGACGUUGGCCAGUUUGAAUCACGUCAACAUAGUGCCAUAUAAGGCGGCAUGGUUGGAACCAUUGAUGGCUAAUGGAGGGUCAGGCAGCAGUGGUUCGGAAGAGGAUGGAACGGGCGUGUCCACCAUUGACGAAGAAGAUGAAGAUUACGAGGAGGAAGAAUCUAGCAACGAAGAGGAGGAAGAUGAUAGGAUUUCAAAUGGAGUGUCGUUCAGUUACGUUUCCGGUUAUCAGUCACGCAAGAGGAAAUCCACGCUUAAUGAUUCGCUCAAACUAGAAGACAACACCGACGAUUUCAGCAUUCAAUUCGAGGACAGCAAUGGAUACAUGUCGGAAGAAAAUAACCAACAGCUGGCCGAGUUGGAUGACGCACGUGCAAACCGAAUCAGUUUAGAAGAAUCACAGCCUCAUGUGAAACUAAAGUGGGCUACGCUUUAUAUUCAGAUGACCCUUUGCCACCUCACACUUCGCCAGUGGCUGGACGAUCGAAAUCAAUUCACUUGUUUCGAAGAAUUCUACAGCAAAUUUUUGAACAGUCCUCGCCAAGAAUGCACAACUACUGCCAAUCCAAAGAACUCCUUUUGUCGUCAGACUUCGAAACGAAGUACCAGUAGUUCUGGCGAUUCUGGGUCACUGGUAGACGCUAAAGCUUAUACGCCAAGUCCUCCGCAGGACGAUAGACCUGCCAGCCACACGCCGCACCACUUGGAUGUGAUAACCGACGUCCUACAUCAACUGCUAAAUGGUCUCACCUACAUCCAUUCGCGUGGAAUUGUCCACCACGAUAUCAAACCGAGCAACAUUUUCGUCAGCGUCAGUGACCACGAUAAAUCAAUUUCCAUUCAGUUGGGAGAUUUCGGUCUCGCGUGUCCACUUCAGAGCUCCCACACCGGAGCAGGUUUCGGGACACCUCUCUACGCAGCCCCGGAACAACUGGAAGGCAAGUGCGAUCCCAAGUCGGAUAUCUAUAGCAUGGGAAUUAUUCUCCUGGAACUUCUGAUCCCCUCCGACACCGACAUGGAACGUGCCGAUAUGAUCAAACAGGUUCGCAAGGGACAGUUUCCCGAUCAUCUGGACCCGGAAUACACAGAACUGCUCAAAAAUAUACUCAGUACUCGCCCAAGUCGUCGUCCGGAUACCUUCGCCCUGACCGAAGCCGUCAAUUGUAUGAAGCUCAACCGCGACAAAGUCAUCUCCCAGCUGAGGAAGAGCCUUUCGCAACAGGAAGAGCAAAUUCAGGCCCUCAGGACAACAAUUGACGAGAAAAAUCGUCAGCAGGAAGAAUCGCAAGAGGAGCUGUCGCUCCUGGAGCUGCGAAAUAGCGAGUCGUUGAUUCUGAAGGAACAGCUACGCUCCAAGGACGAAGAGCUGAAAACCAAAGAUCAAGAGAUUCUUAGGUUGCAAGAAUUACUUAAGAACUAUCAGACUAGGGAUAGCGAUGGAGGAGAAGAAGGAGGAGCAACUAAGCAGUAGUGAUGAAAAAACGCAAUUUUGUAGCGUGUUGACACCAUUUUAUCCAGUUCGACUGCAAAUCAAAUGGAUGAUUCCUAAAAGUAGGUAGUUUUGAUAGUUUUCGUAUGAUAAUUGAAAUAUAUUUAUUAUGACAAAUAAAAAUUUCUGCUUCAUAUACAGUGAAAGCCCAAUAGAUUGUGGACACUUGUUCACCGGGGUCAAGUGGGAAGCAAUAAAACACGCUAUUUAAUCGUAAACUAAA